CUCCUUUUACGUCCUGCUGCUGGAAGGGAUCUGCGGAGAGAAGGAAACGGGAUUAUGGCUUCUUUUCGGGUUGCCUGCGGACUUCGGCGGGGCUGCAGCAAGAGAUUUGUAUCCACAGAUCCAGUUCCUCGGCUAUCAACAGCUGAGAUUGCACAGAUGCGCAAUGAGCUCUUUUCCAAGGAAAAAGAGCGACAAUUGUCUCUUUAUCCACGAAUUGAGAAGAUUGAAGUAAAGUAUGUUGGUACAUCUCACCCAGGCACUUUAUUUAUAAUGAACAAAGGACUUUCUACACCAUAUACUUGUGCGAUGCAUUUGAGCGAAUGGCAUUGUAAGAAAUCUGUACUCGCCCUUGUAGAUGGAAAUCUCUGGGAUAUGUAUCGGCCUUUGACUCAGUCAUGUGAAAUUCAGUUUCUCACUUUCAAAGAUGAAGAUCCAGAGGAAGUGAACAAAGCCUACUGGCGAUCCUGUGCAAUGAUCCUAGGAUGUGUGCUGGAACAGGCCUUCAAAGAUGAAUACUUGGUCACUCUUGUUAGAGCACCAGAAGUUCCAGUGGUAUCUGGUGCUUUCUGCUAUGAUGUAAUUUUGGACAGCAGACUGAAUGCUUGGACGCCAACAGAGGAAAAUCUUCGUUCUUUUACAAAAGAAGUUCACAAGCUAAUUUACAAAGACCUGCCGUUUGAAAUCCUAGAUGUUGAUGUGAAAGUGGCACUUGAAAUAUUUCAGCAUAACCAGUAUAAACUGGAUGCGGUCAAACAAAAAGCUUCACAAAAUUCUGAGGGAAUAGUACAAUUGCAUAGGUUUGGUGACUUCAUAGACGUUAGUGAAGGCCCUCAUAUACCCAGAACAAGCUUUUGUGGCCAGUAUGAGGUAACAGCAGCUCAUAAUCUUGAGAGUAGACAAUCGGAAUUGAUACGAAGGGUCCAAGGUCUCUCUCUUCCAGUUCAACUGAAGCUUCAUCAUGCAGUCUGGCACAGGUUGUUGGAAAGAUCUCAGAAACUGGUCAAUGAAGACAAAAGGAAAGAAAUGAAAAAUGAAAAUGAAGUAUCAAAAACUGAAUCAGUUUAAUUGUACAUGUUUUAUAUGAGAAAAAAUCAUAUAACCAUAAUUAAAUUGAGUGUUUAACUACUAAUAUUCUUUAAAUCAUUCUCCAAAGGCUAAUUUUAGUGUAUGGUUUCUUGACUUUAAAGCAAAAACCAAAAACGUUAUUUACCCUUGCUGUCAUUUUAAAAAAUCAAAUCAGAAUGUAGGUGUCAAUAAAAGAUCCAGCAAAAAUUUCA